GGUCCAGUGGAAGAGGAAGGUCCUGUGCAGGAGACCGCGGAGCAGGACAGUUUGAAAGAUGAUGACCUUAUGGAGAUUACGAACGAAGGAGAAGCCGCGGAGGAGGAGGCCGAUCCCAUGAAGAAGGCGGGCUCGCAGUGGGAAGAGGUGGUGGCGGCGGCCGACGGCGGGGAUGAAGCUGCGGGCCUCCUCCGGACGUUCGUGUUGCAGAAGCACGGCGCGAGGGCUCCCACGGCGCUGUGGACGAUGCUGAAGGUCUUCGGGCAGAGCGGCUGGCGCGACCUCCCGAUCGGAGGACUGGCGUCGCUGACGAGGGAGGUUCCGGCGGAGGUUUUCUUCAACGAGGACCCUCCGGAAGAUUCGCCGGAUUGGACCGAAGAGGCCUUGAAGAGAGAGCGCGAGGCGAACGCAGGGGUCGCGGCAGCAGAGGACUUCGUGCGCGACAAGGGAGCGGACGAGGCAGUGAAGUCCAAUGACCACAUGGAUGAGGAGGCGGAGAUGCACCACACCGCCAACCUCCCCCAGGUCCUCUUUGACCGCGUCAACCCCGAGGCCGUAAAGGAGAUCGGCAAGCGUGUGCUGAGCAAGGUCUUCAGGACGGCAAACGGAGCAGGCCCCACGCUGCUGAGGAUCGCCGGGGACAUCUUGAAGCAAUGUGGCAGAGGCAUGCUGUCGGGAGCGCGCUGCUUCUACACGACCUACCGGGAGGAGAGCAAGAUGAUGGAGAUCCAGAUGAAGGGGAGACGAUACAGCGGGUUCUGCCCGGUCAUCAAGAAGAAGAAGAAGGACGACGAGGAGGAGGACACCUCGUCGCAGCCCGACGGCGGACUUGUGUCCGCGCAUGUGCGGACGAGUGUCUUCGCACAGCCGUGCUGGCUGAGAGACGUCUUCAGAGCGGGGCUCCCCAACCACUUCGUCUUCGACUUGGUCAACGCGCACCUGGCCAUCUCCGCAAAGAGGUGGGGCGCCGAUGCUGGGUCAGCUCUCAGGGAGUAUAUCGACCACCGGGACGCCGUGCUCUCGGAGACCCACGCAGAGCGGUGGAUCGCGAAGCAGCUUUAUCUGCGCCUGCUCUACGGCGGCUCUGUCAAGGCCUGGAAGGCGGAGCACAAGAUCGCGGCCUUUGCGCGGGAGGAGUUCGCUCACAGGUUUGCGAAGGAGAUGUCAGAGGGCCGCAAGAAGGACUGCGGCUCGCACAAGGGGGAGCUGGGCAAACUCCGGCAGAUGACAGCAAGGCCCGUGGAGUUCCUCCAGUACGCCCUCAACACGGCGACCGAGAGGGAGCUCGUGGACCGCGUCGUCAACAAGGUCGAGGAGGACCCGGAGGCGUCGGUCUGUGCCUUCGAGCACGACGGGCUCUUCCUCUACUACCCGGCGGGGCUGCAGAAACUGCAGGCGGACAUCGCGAGUGUGCUGGGUGACGUCAGCUUCACGGUCAAGCCCACGCUGUCCGUCAAGGAUGCACUCGCGACAGCCGAGGCGGAGAUCCUGAAGCAGGCGCCGGAGCUGGGUCACUUGUGGAACCAAGUGGACGAUGCGUGGCUUGAUCACCACAACGUCAUCAUGCAGGCGUACGAGGGGAGCCUGACGUACCACGGCCU